CUCGGCGGAUUUGGGCAAAUAGGCGCGAGCAGGACCAUUGAAAGAGAGCAGCAAUGAUGGCUGACACGCUUCGGUCGACCUCGGCCGCAGCCCCCAAGUCGAUGGAGGACACCUCUCUGGUGCUGCCGUCCGACAGAAAACAGUGCACAGGACAGCAGCGGGUCCGGGAGCAAGUGAAAUCCAUUAAGAGAAACAAGACGGUCAAGACCAUCUCCGUUACGCCGACAAGUCCGGUGUCAUCGACAGAAUACAGUGAGCCUAAGUUCCAGUUCUCACCGACAAAACUCAACGACACCCUUUUCAAACGGGCCAGCCUUAACAUGAGCAGGAGACAGAGCAGAAUGACUGUUCGCAACGUAUCAACACAGGAGACCGUGAGAAGACGGACCCAGUCUGCGCACAAUGGCGUGAAGGCCAGUGACCGAGGAUUUGUUGUGGAUAGAUCAGGCACCCAGUUAAACAAGGAAGCCAUGCAGAGGUCUGCCACAAUGCGAACUACCCACACAAGUGUGGGGCAGGAGAAUAAUGGCCUGUCACAGUUGAUGAGGAACGUCACCAUGACCAGAAGCACAUCAGAUCCGACAGGCACGAAUGGAACUACAGGAUCUGUACAUAACAUCACUCUGCAGGUAGCGGUCGAGUACCUGAAAUGCACGGACGUGAGCUAUCAGCAGUGUGGAGCUUCCUUUAUACAACAUCACACCUUCACAGAAGACAAAGCCAAGCAGGAGGUUUUGCUGUUGGGAGGGAUUCCUGCUCUUAUUUGCUUGCUGAAUGUUGAAAAUUCACUGCUGCAACAAACAGCAUCUGCUGCACUGCGCAACGUUGUUUAUAAGGAUCCCGAUAACAAGCUUGAGGUGAAAAGUUGUGGAGGACUAGAACCCAUUUUGAACUUACUCAGAGAAACCGAUGUCACAGAAACCCAGAAACAACUCACUGGUCUGUUGUGGAAUCUGUCCUCGGCUGACCCUCUGAAGGUAGAGCUCAUCAGGUGUGCCUUGCCCUUGCUUACAGAAAACAUUUUGAUACCAUACACCUGCUGGACAGACACCAGCAAACACAUUGACACAGAGGUCUUCUACAACACUACCGGCUGUUUACGAAACCUCAGCUCUGCUAAUGAGGAGCAGAGGAUAUAUAUGCGCAGUUACCCAGGACUGAUUGACUCGCUUAUGGCACACAUUCAGUCUAAGGUGGAUAGUGACGAGCCCGAUGACAAGCAGUCAGUGGAAAACUGUGCCUGUGUACUCCAUAACUUGAGCUAUCAUUUGGAGAAGGAGGACCCUGACCACUUCAAACACUUCCCUGAUGAUAACCCGCUUGAGAAAACAAGCAAUAAGAGCCUCUUCAGCCCCAAGAGCACCAAGAAACUUAAGAUGUUAAGCUUACCAGUAAUAAUGGAGGGUAAGCCUGAAGGAGUAAGUUGGCUUUACAACACAAAGUCCCUGCAGUGUUACGUGUCUCUGCUGAGCUCUAGUCACAAAGAAGCCACUCUGGAGGCAUGCUGUGGAGCUCUACAAAACCUUACUGCUUCAAAAAGCCAGAUGUCCACUGCGGUAAGUCAGACCAUCGUUCAGAAGAUGAAUGGCCUGUCUAUCAUUUCCCCUCUGCUUAAAUCGAGAAACUCUGGCUUACAGAUGACCGCCAUGUCUUUGGUGGGGAACAUGUCCAGGGUAUCAUUUCUGCGGGAAUCUUUGGCCAAGGCAAUUCUCCCAGACAUCGCCUCUGUUCUCACAGAUGUGACCCCAAGCAUGGUUAAGCAUGAAAGCACCAUCACCACAGCGUGCAGAGUGAUGCAAACACUCCUGUUGGCUGAGCCUGAGAGUGCCAAGAAAGUAUUGAACACAAACCUCAUUUACUCGCUGACCAAUCUGAGUGAAAAUAUGUCAUUUGACACUGCCAGAAAAGCUGCUGGAAUUCUUCUCUACAAUAUUUGGUGGCAAAAAGACAUUCAGAAUGCAUUGAAAAAGCAAGGGCUGAACAAGGAAACAUGUAUAAAUGCAGUCACUGCUACCGCUUACAAAUAUGCAUCAGACAUGAAUAGACACUGAUUAACAUGCAAAGCUGCAUUCUGGAUUUUAGGAUACUCUCCUGUCUAUGUAUAUUACAGACCACGACAUUUCCAGGAAAAACCUGCAGAAAGUUGCUGAAAGGGAUAUUUCAACCAAGAAUGAAAAUUCUAUCACCAUUUAAAAGUGAAUGGCGACUGAGACUAAUAUCUCCUUUUGUGUUCAUACAAGAUAAACAAUAAUCUUUGGGUGAUCUAUCCCUUUAAAUUAGCAAAUAGGAAUAUGUAUGUCUAAACGGUACACAUUAUUGUGAUUCAUGGACAAGUUGUGUAGUCAAUAACCAAUCUCAUGGUAAAAUCUUUUAUUCAGUUUUAUCAGUGGAUUAGAGCCAUUAGAAACAUACACUUAAGCUUGCCAAACUUGCACUACUGGUCCUGCAGAGUUAUAAUUACACUCUUCUUCUUUUAUUGAUUUCUUACUUCUAGUCCACCUCUGUUAUUUUACCAAUAUUGCAAUAUUUCAAGGUGAUUUAAGCUUUUUGAUCUUGAUGCAAUGGGACAUGUUUACUUUAUGUACUUUAUUUGGCAACUGUAUGUAUCAUUUUAAAAUGCGUGCAUUCUAUAUAUGGUGCUUUGGAUGCAGCUUAUGUGCCAUCUUUGCAGUGACUUUUUGAUUUUGGUACAUUGUAGUUAACCACAUUAAGGCUUGUUUUCCAAAUAUAACACAUUCUUCAUUAAAAGUAUUAAACUAAUCAUUAAGGGAAUCUUUGACCAAAAUAAAGGGCUCAUUAACCGUAACUGUAAUUGAAACCAGAAUCCAUUCAUAAUCUCUUUAUUGAACCAAAGAUUUUGCCUUUUCUGUUUCCUAUUUGCUCAUAUAAUGAAUGCACUAUAUUUUGUGAAUAUAUUGUUUGAUAUGGGGUAAUUAAGUUUUACUUUGUAUGUAACAAUUUUUUAUUAGAGUUAUUGUGAUGAAAUUCUACUUAUUUGGUUUGGCUUUAACAUGUUUACGAUACAUUUCGGUGCAAAAAUAAAAUGUGUAAAUAAUUUAAUUCCCUGUUACGUUAUUGUUGAAAAGCAACAAAAAGACAAAAAAAUAUAAAUUUACCUUCAAAUUAAUUAUUUUAUAUUAAAAUCUUAAAGUUAAUUAUAUUUUUCAUAAUCAUAAAGAGAAUUUGCUGAUGACCAAAUGUUUGCAAACAUCCUAAUUUUAAAGUUUUAUCUUUUUUCUAUUGUGUAAUAUGUUGUAAUUUCUGUAUUCAACUUCAAUUCAAUUUACAGUAGAAGCAAACUUUGUAUUUUUAAGAGCUUAAGAAAAGAUGCAAUUGUAUUAUCAAACAGAUACAGUGGAUAAAAAAAAAAGUUUACACACCCCUGUUAAAACAGCAGGUUUUGUGUUGUAAAAAAUUAAACAAAAAUAAAACAUGUCAGACUUUUUACACCUUUAAUGUAAACAUUACAACCUAUGCAAUGCCACUGAAAACUGGCACAUUUCAGAGAUGGAAAACAAAACACUUAGAAUAACCUAACUGCAUAAAUGUGCACAUCCCUGAACUAAUAAUUAUUUGAAGCACACUUUGAUCUUAUUACAGCACUCAGUCUGUUUGGAUAAGAGUCUAUUAGCUUGGCACAUCUUGACUUGGUUAUAUUUCCCCACUCUUCUUUUGCAAGAACAUUCCAGAUCUGUCAAAUUGCGAGGGCAUCUCCUGUGUAUGGCCCUCUUCAGGUCCCCCCACAGAUUUUCUAUAGGAUUCAGAUCUGGGCUCUGGUUGGGCCAUUCCAAAACAUGAAUCUUUUUUUGCUGAAGCCAUUCUUUAGUUGAUUUUGAUGUGUGCUUUGUAUCAUUGUCAUGCUGAAAUGUGAAAGAUCUCUUCAUUUUCAGCUUUCUAGCAGAUGUCAGAAGGUUCUGUGCCAAAACUGACUGGCACUUGCUGCUAUUCAUGAUUCUCUCCACCUUCACUAAAGCCCCAGUUCCAGCUGAAGAAAAACAGCCCCAAAGCAUGAUACUGCCACCACCAUACUUCACCAUGGGUAUGGUGUUCUUUUGAUGAUGUGCUGUGUUGUUUUUGCACCAAACAUACCUUUUACAAUUUUGGGCAAAAAGUUCAAUCUUGGUCACAUCAGACCAUAACAGAGACUGGAUAUAGGUUUUUGAUGGGCUUGGAUGUUUUUCGUUAGAAAAGGCUUGGUCUUGCCACCCUGCCCCAUAGCCCAGACAGAUGAAGAAUACGGGAAAUACUUGUCACAUAGGGAGAAACCAGUACUUGCCAGAAAGAGCUGCAGCUCAUCUAAUGUUGCUGUAGGCCUCUUGACAGCCUCCCUGACCAGUUUUCUCUUUGUCUUCUCACCAAUAAAAAGUUCUUUCUCCACUUGUUGAUGACUGUCUUCACUGUGUUCCAUGGAAUAUCUAAUACCUUGGAAUGUUUUUGUAGUCCAUCUCCUGAGCGAUACCUUUCAACAGUGAGAUACCGUUGAUGUUUUGUAAGCUCUUUGUGGCCCAUGGCUCUUGUAGUAGCAUGUAAUUAAGAAGAUGUCAUAAAAAUCCUACAAGAACAGCUGAGAUUUAUUUGGAGUUAAUCUUAGUCACUUCAGGUGAAGACAGGUGUGUACUAUUUCACAGCCACAUACUCAAUUAUAAAAGGGUGUGAACACUUAUGCAGUUAAAUUAUUCUAAGUUUUAUUUUAUUUUAUUUUUCUCUGAAAUGUGUCACUUUAGUUUUCUGUGGCAUUGCAUAGGUUGUAAUUUUUACAUUAAUGUCUGACAUGUUUUAACAGGGGUGUGUAGACAUUUGAUAUCCACUAUAUGUUAAUUAUUAGUUAAUAAUACAGUAAUAACAAAUACAAGAAACUGAACAUUUUGACAUUUUCUUCAAAUUUUUAACAAAACAUAAUUUUUUGCCAUAACUUGUAUCACCCAUUAUAACACCAUAUCUUUCACUUUCCUACUUUAACAGUAGAAUUGUUUACUGUUAAUAGAAAUAAGUACAAACAAUAUUGUAAUAAAUAUCUUGUUAAAAUAUGAACGUUUCAUGAAUGAGUGUUAAAAUCAAUGAAAGUUGUUUAUAUAAUAUAGAAAACAGUUUUUUUUUUUUUUGGUGGAAAAUAAAAACCUUUCAUCCAACUUUUACCUCCUGUGAUAAAAAAAGUAAUCAGAAAUAAAUUGUUUUUGUUUACAAGUUUGUUUCCUUUUUUGUCAUUUUAAAUACAGUAUGAGAGUAUGAGCCAAAAUAUCACUGGCAUUAAAUUUCAAACAUUUUCUCAAAGAUUUUGCUCUUAUGGAAAGAAAUUGGUACUUUUAUUCACCAAAGUGGCUUUCAACUGAUAACAAUGUAUAGACAGUACAUUAAUAAUGUGAAAAAUGACUAUUACAGUUUGAAAAAAAUAACUUCUUAAACUACUUCAAAGAGUUCUCCUCAAAACAUCCUCCAUGUGCAGCAAUGACAGCUUUGCAGAUCCUUGGCAUUCUGGCUGCAAUUUGUCCAGAUACUCAGAUGACAUUUCACCCCACACUUCCUGUAACACUUGUCGGGCACUUCUCACACACCUUACAGUCUAGCUGAUCCCACAAAAGCUCAAUGGGGUUUAGAUCCGUAACAAUCUUUUCCAAUUAUCUGUUGUGCAAUGUCUGUGUGUCUUUGUCCACUCAAAUGUUUUCUUUUAGUUUUUCUGUUUCAAAAGUGAUUUUUUUCUUUGCAAUUCUUCUCAUAAGGCUGCACCCCUGAGUCUUCUCUUCACCACUUGACCUUUUUGACCCUCAAAUAGAGAGAUGGCCCUUGGGGGGCACUUAUAAGUUUCAGCUUUUUAUUUUUAACCUUUACUCUUUCUAAAGCAAGUUUGAGUAAAAAUGCCAAAUAAAAAAAAAA